CUGGGGCUAGACGACACGGAGAUCCCGGAAGUGAGGCGAAGGUUCGGUCAGAGGCGCAGCGGCUGCGGCGGGUCCUCGGAAAGUCGUCGUCAUGUCUACGGCUAUGAACUUCGGGACGAAAAGCUUCAAGCCGAGGCCGCCGGACAAAGGCGCUUUUCCUCUGGAUCAUUUCGGUGAAUGUACAGCUUUCAAAGAAAAAUUCAUGAAGUGUCUGAGGGAGAACAGCUUUGAGAACGCAUUGUGCAGGCAGGAAUCAAAGGAAUAUUUAGAAUGCAGAAUGGAGAGACAACUUAUGGCCAAAGAACCACUGGCAAAAUUGGGAUUUAAAGACCUAAUAGAAGAAAAAUCAGAAACCCAACCGGAGACAUUGUGAUGAAGAGA